GGCGUCUUUGCUUGUAGGCGGUGUUUCGCGGUACCGGUGUGUUGGCAGCAACGGCGGAGGACUGUUUCGGUCUGAACGGCGGAGGAAGCGCGUUCGGUACCGAAGUAUGGAGCGAGGAUGUAAUAACGCAUUAUAACACAGGACUAAACCACUACAUCUGACUGAGAAACACGCCGAGAGCCGCGACUCCAUGAGUUCCUCGCGGGCUUCAGUUCACGGUUCCUCCAUGUUCUCCUCCAUGACCAACUCCGUCUCUGAUCCGCGUUUCCGUUUCCGGUGGCGGGCCAUCGGUGUGGCGGCACUACUAGCAUUAGCCGUCCUGUUGUUUCAGCACCACACAUCCACUGACCACGGAUCGGACGCCCCUGAGAACAGCCCACGCUCAUGGAGAUCCAGUCGGGAUGUCUCUGGUGCAAUGGUGGAUGCAGAGCCAAUCGGGACACAGUAUAACGACACGUAUCCACUCAGCCCUCCAGAACACACAGCCAACGGGAUCCGCUACCGUAUCGCAGUCAUAGCAGAUCUGGACACAAACUCGCGCAGUAAAAAGGACAAUACGUGGUUCAGUUAUUUAAAAAGAGGACAUGUUCUGGUGUCGGAGAGCGGAGACAGUGUUUCGGUGGAGUGGGAUCCAAAUACUGUGGCUCUGGAGAGCCAUCUGUCGGAGAAGGGCCGCGGGAUGGAGCUUUCCGAACUGGUGGCGUUUAACGGACACUUGUACAGUGUGGAUGACCGUACCGGUGUGGUGUACCGGAUUGAGGGGAACCGUGCCGUGCCAUGGGUCAUUCUGACAGAUGGAGACGGCAGCGUAUCUAAAGGUUUUAAGGCGGAGUGGAUGGCGGUGAAGGACGAGCGUCUGUAUGUUGGUGGUCUCGGUAAGGAGUGGACCACUAUCACCGGCGAGUUCGUCAAUAAUAACCCAGAAUGGGUGAAGGUGGUUGGUUUCCAUGGUGACGUGGAGCAUGAGAACUGGGUACCGCGGUACAGCGCACUGAAGAGGGCAGCAGACAUCAAACCUCCAGGUUAUCUGAUCCACGAGUCAGCGGUGUGGAGCGAGCGUCUGCAGAGAUGGUUCUUCCUCCCACGGCGAGCGAGUUCAGAGCGUUACGAUGAAACGGCAGACGAGCGUCGCGGCACAAACCUGAUUCUGCGCUGCUCCUCAGACUUCAGCAGGAUCUCUGCAUCUCGUGUCGGCCCGCUCAAGCCCACGCUCGGCUUCUCCUCCUUCAAGUUCAUCCCGGACACCGACGACCAGAUUAUCCUAGCGCUGAAAUCUGAGGAGGACGCGGGAAACAUCGCCACGUACAUCACCGCAUUUACACUCGACGGCCGGAUACUGCUGCCCGACACCAAGAUCGCAGACGUCAAAUAUGAAGGGCUGGAGUUUAUAUAGAGGCGGAGUCAUAGCCACGCCCACACAAGGGCGGAGCAAUUCAGUUACUUUUAAAACUCAUAUAUUACAAUCUUCAGUCAAUUCUUUACACAAGUAACCAAAUGUGUUACGAAAAGAAGGAAAGUAAUGUGAAAUUUUAUUUAUUUUUAUUUCAUUUUAUUUUUUAGGAUCAAGAUUAUAAUAUAUUACUUUUAAAAGCACCUUUCAGCACUCUCUAUUGACUUUUCAUUGGAGCAGGAGAUUAUUAGACAUCAUUCUGUUUAAUGAGUCAGAAAUUACAAGGAGGCGGAGCUUCUCCAAUGCAAACUCAAUAGAGGGGGUGUGGCUAGUGUGAGGGGGUGUGGUCUAAAUGUGCUCCGUCUCUAUAGAUGCACCAGAUCAGUCCAAAAAUUUAACAUACGAUGUUUGUACAGACGAGCGUCUUCGUGUGGGACACGAAACACUACAGAAGCUCAGGGGACUGAAACUACGGGGAACAGAUGCAAUAAUAGAGGAAUCCUCUAAACAAACAGAAGAAAUGCACUGGAGAAUAAUGAGAGGAAUUCCAGGAACAGUCUUAACAAAUGAUUUGCCUUUAUUAUUAAAAAAAACUACAAAACCUCAAAACCUAUUAUAGUGGAAACACUUUAAAAUAAGAUCCUAUCUGUUCAC